CCCCUUUGAGGCCUCAAACCUCUCUCACUCUCUCUCACAUUCCCCUCUGGGACUGGUCUGUGAGGAGAUUUCCGAAAAUGGAAGCGACAUACUUCCUGUUAUUCGGAGGCUUAGCGGCCGUGGUAGCUGCAUUGGAGCUUAGCAAGACCAGCAAGGAUCGUGUCAACACGUCCCCUGCUUUCAAUUCUUUCAAGAAUAAUUACCUUGUUGUUUACUCUCUCAUGAUGGCCGGCGACUGGCUGCAGGGUCCAUAUGUUUACUACCUAUACAGUACGUAUGGGUUUGGAAAGGGCGAGAUUGGCCAGCUAUUCAUUGCUGGUUUUGGAUCCUCUAUGUUGUUUGGAACAAUUGUUGGAUCGCUCGCUGACAAACAAGGUCGAAAGAGAGCCUGUGUUACUUACUGCAUAACUUACAUUCUGAGCUGCAUCACGAAGCAUUCUCCUGAGUACAAGGUUCUAAUGGUGGGACGUAUUUUAGGAGGCAUUGCGACUUCUCUACUAUUUUCAGCUUUCGAGUCUUGGCUUGUUGCAGAACAUAAUAAGAGGGGUUUUGAUCAACAAUGGCUGUCAGUUACAUUCUCUAAGGCAAUAUUUCUUGGCAACGGUUUGGUUGCAAUUUUGUCUGGAUUGUGUGGGAAUCUUCUUGUGGAUUCAUUGGCAUUGGGCCCUGUUGCUCCCUUUGAUGCUGCUGCAUGCGUGCUUGCAAUUGGGAUGGCUAUUAUAUUGUCAUCUUGGUCUGAAAAUUAUGGAGAUCCCUCGGAAAACAAGGACUUAAUUACCCAGUUCAGGGGUGCCGCUGCAGCCAUCGCUGCUGAUGAGAAAAUCGCUUUGCUGGGUGCCAUACAAUCUUUAUUUGAAGGUUCAAUGUAUACCUUUGUUUUCCUCUGGACUCCUGCUCUGAGCCCAAACGAUGAGGAAAUACCGCAUGGUUUUAUUUUUGCAACAUUCAUGUUGUCUUCAAUGAUGGGGAGCUCCAUUGCCUCUCGGCUGCUGGCUCAUUCGUCUCCCAGAGUAGAGAGCUAUAUGCAGAUUGUGUUUCUAGUCUCAGCGGCUUCCUUGGUGUUGCCCUUUAUAACUAAUUUCUUGAUAGUACCUUCUGGCGUGAAAGGCGGAAGCAUCUCCUUUUCUGGGUGCAUCCAGCUUGCUGGCUUCUGCACGUUUGAGGCUUGUGUUGGAUUAUUCUGGCCAUCUAUCAUGAAGAUGAGGUCCCAAUACAUUCCUGAAGAGGCUAGAAGCACCAUUAUGAACUUCUUUCGCAUUCCUCUUAACCUCUUUGUGUGUAUUGUGUUAUACAAUGUCAACGGACUUCCUAUUGGCGUUAUGUUUGGAAUGUGCUCGAUAUUCCUCUUUGUGGCAUUUCUGUUGCAGAGGCGACUCAUGUUUAUUGCAGAGAUGCACAAGUCAAGAUCACAAGAUUGGACUGCAAUUGAUGCGAGGGAGGUUGAGGCAGAGCCAUUAAAUUUGUGAUUCAUCUUACAGGAACAAACUGCACUUUCAAGAGUGUAUUUUGAAGGAUUUUUGGGAGGUAAAAUGGCAGCUGACAGUGGUAAAUUGUAAUGAUUUUAUGGUGAGAUGUUUGAUAGAAGUUCCAAGGUCAUUUUUCCUCUACCCUUUCUGAACUUCUGCUUAUAUUUCCCAAGUUUUAAAGGUUUCUCAUUGUUUUUUUGUUUCCAAGUACGUAUUUAUGUACAAAUUUCGUCAGUUUUUUUCACCUGUUUUACCCUUACAAUUAUAAGUAUUGACAUGCUACUUACUGGUUA